AUGGGCAGCACGCCCGCCUCCCUCCUCCUUGUCUCUUUCGUGCUGCGGAGGCCAGAAGCAGACACAGGACACAGUGUCAGUUCCAGCCGUGUGACGGAGAGGAGCGGCCGCUCCCCGCACGCCCCUGCUCCCGUGCAUAGGCAGUGCUGCACACAGCGCCAGCAGGGAACCGGGAAGCGCAUCCCAGCGGGAGCCGCUCAUGCCGCGCAAACAACGCGCCUUCCCCUGAAAGCCGGAGUGUCGCGUGUUGAUGGCGCUUCUUUUUACAGGCGCCAGCGCUCUCAGUCCCGGAGCGCCUGCGAGACAAUUGCCCAAACCUGGGUGCGCGGGAGGGCCGGGGCCUGGCCACGCCGCGAAGCCACGCCACGGUCGCGCUUUUUGGCCACGCCCCUCUCCGUAACAGCGUCACUCGCCAUUGGGCAGCCUCUGUCACGCGGGGCGUGGGUGGUACAGAUCUCGCGAGAGUUUCUGGGUGUAUGUAAGAAGUGCGGGCGGAAGUGCGGCCUUUUCCCGCCGCGUCGAGACGUGGGCACGAUGAAGCUCAACAUUUCUUUCCCGGCUACUGGCUGCCAAAAGCUCAUUGAAGUAGACGAUGAGCGUAAGCUCAGGACGUUUUAUGAAAAACGAAUGGCCACGGAGGUGCUGGCUGAUUCCCUUGGUGAGGAGUGGAAGGGUUAUGUUGUCCGGAUAAGUGGUGGCAAUGACAAGCAAGGCUUCCCCAUGAAGCAAGGUGUCCUGACUCACGGCCGUGUCCGCCUGCUGCUCAGCAAGGGCCAUUCCUGCUACCGCCCCCGGAGAACCGGCGAGAGAAAGCGCAAGUCUGUCCGCGGCUGCAUCGUUGAUGCAAACUUGAGUGUCCUGAACUUGGUCAUAGUGAAAAAGGGUGAAAAGGACAUUCCUGGGCUGACUGACACAACUGUGCCCCGUCGUCUUGGUCCCAAGAGAGCCAGCAGGAUCCGCAAGCUGUUCAACCUCUCUAAGGAAGAUGAUGUUCGCCAGUAUGUUGUGAGGAAGCCUCUCAACAAAGAGGGCAAGAAGCCCAGAACAAAGGCUCCCAAAAUCCAGCGACUGGUGACUCCUCGAGUGCUGCAGCAUAAGCGCAGGCGCAUUGCCCUGAAGAAACAGCGCACUCAGAAGAACAAGGAGGAAGCUGCAGAGUACGCGAAGCUCUUGGCCAAGAGGAUGAAGGAAGCCAAGGAGAAACGCCAGGAGCAGAUCGCCAAGAGGCGCCGGCUUUCUUCUUUGAGAGCUUCUACGUCCAAGUCUGAAUCAAGUCAGAAAUAAAGAUGUACACGAUACUAAAAAGACAUUGUACAUUUAAUUACCAAUAAACUCCUUUGAUGGUGAACUUCCA